UUUAUUUUUGACAGGUGCCGCAUAUUACCGAGCCACCCUCUAAAAUUAAAUUUCCUUAUCUCUGCAGCUAAUUCUUUUUUCAGUUCCAAAGGAACAAACAAUUUGUGCGCAAAAAACUUCGACUCAUCUUCGAGGCAGCUGAUGUUAAUGGGACCAUUUGUAAAAACCCAUUGAACAGUAUUAAGUCGCUAUAUCAUAUUUAAUUGAAGUUGAUUCUGGUUGGUUGGAGUAUCUUUACGUAAUUGGAAUUGUUGUUCAUUAGACUAUAGAUUAUAUUCAUUUGUUGGUGAGUUCCUUAUAUAUUUAAGGGCCCUCUACAUACCUCAUCUCCUCCUAGUCUCGAAGACUCGUUGAGACCCUUUCAUAAAUUACUAUAACUAUUCCACUCAUUUUUUUUCAUCUUCAUUUUUAUUUUCAUAUCAACAUAACAAUUGAAGUCUUAAAGUAUAAUCAAUAUCAUGUAUCAUUUUGAAGUAAGUAGAUCUAGGCGAUUAGUACAAGUUGGUUGUGCAAUCUUCUGGUGUCUAUUAUCGGGUGGUCCUAUAUUCGGAUUUGCUGCUCUAAAACCAAUUUUAAUUAAUGAACAUGUUUACGAAUAUACUUGUGACCUUUCUAUCAAUGGAACUAUGACAACUCCUUCUCCUUCACCAUUCUAUACAUCACUUUUACAUUCUUCAUCCAACACUCUUACGGCCACGUUGCUUGGUAAUUUCCUUAAACUGGAUGAAGGAAAUGGCAACCUUGAUGGUAUUGCUGCCAAAUGUACGCCACAAGAUUUAAAAUUGAACUUCAUGUUUGCUGUUGCAGCUGUGUUGACUAAUGUUUCAGCUUUAGCUAUUGGUAGAGUCUUGGAUUUAUAUGGUCCAAGAGUAUGUGGUUUGGUUGGUGCUUUAUUCUUAUACUUGGCAUCAUUUAUCUUUAUCUACACCAAGGAAUUAGAGCCUUAUUUUGAUCCAUACUUGAUUGGUUAUGCUUUUAUGGCUUUAGGAGGUCCAUUUGCCUAUAUUUCAUCUUUUCAAUUAUCUAAUUCAUUCCCAAAAAAUAGUGGUGCUAUCUUAGCAUUAGUUACAGGAGCUUUUGAUGCUUCAUCAGCAGUUUUCUUGAUUUAUAAAAUAUAUUAUAUUAAAUCUGAUGGUGCUUUCACUUUGGCUAGUUUCUUUAAGUUAUAUUUAUUUGUACCAAUAUUUAUAACGAUAGUUCAAUUCGCCAUCAUGCCUUCAGAUUCUUAUAAAACUCCUACUGAUAAUACAUUAUGUGUCGAUGAUGAAAUUGAUCAUCAUCAACAUGUUCAUCCAACUACUUCACAUAAUGAAGCUUCAGGUGAAGCUGUAAUUACAUCUUCAGUUGAUGAAACUUCUCCAUUGUUAGAUGAACAUGUUGUUAUGCCAUCCCAUCCUGUUAGAAGAGAUUCUAUCGGUGAUGCAUUGAAACAACCAUAUGUCGAAGAAGGAGAAGAAUUCUUAAUUGAACAUACUGGUGGUGUUUUCGGUAUUCUUCAUGGAUAUUCUGCUCAAUUUCAAAUCAAUACUCCAUGGUUUUAUUUAAUUUGUCUUUUCAGUACUAUUCAAAUGUUAAGAAUUAAUUAUUUUGUCGCUACUAUAGGAACACAAUAUGCAUAUUUAUUUCAAUCUGUAACAUUGGCAGAUAAAUUAAAUAAGAUUUUUGAUAUUGCUUUACCAUUAGGAGGUGUCAUUUCUAUUCCAUUUGUUGGUUUAUUUUUAGAUAACUGUUCUACAGUUACUGUUUUAAGUGGAUUAUUAACAGUAUCAUUAUCAAUUGGUAUAUUGGGACUCUUUGGUAAUUAUAUUGCUGCUGUUAUUGGAGUACUCAUUUUUGUUGGUUAUAGACCAUUAUUUUAUACAACUGUUAGUGAUUUCUGUGCUAAAGUAUUUGGAUUUGAAACUUUUGGUACAGUUUAUGGUACACUUAUUUGUAUCUCAGGUAUUGUUAAUUUUGGACAAUCUAUUUUAGAUGAAUUAACUCAUACUACAUUUAAUAUGAAUCCAUUUCCAAUUAACAUAUCUUUAGUAUUAAUAACUUUUAUCAUUGGUAUCAUUACUAUAAUUUAUGUAAAGAUUCAAGCCCGAUUAUUCAAUGAAAAGAAGAGAAGAGAAGCUUCAAAUUCUUCAAGACAAUUUGGUUCUACAACCGCUUAAAAUUUUAAAAACAUAUAUAAAAAAAAUUCAGCCUUAUUAGGAUUGAUUUUCAGCUUAUUACAUAAUUACAUAUAAGUUAUAUAAAUAUACAUAUACAUUUACAUUUCAUAAUUU